AUGGACUUGGGGCGGGGAGAGACGCUGGCUAGCGCUAUGAAGCACGAGCGCCGAUGGAAGCCACAUUUAAGGGGCUCGGGCUCGAAUUCCUCUUCAUCUUCCUCCCUCUUGAACAUCACCGCCGGCGGCGGGAGGGCGCCCCUAAUUAUGUGCUUUAUCUCCUGCCUGGCAUGGCUCUACGUGGUUGGCAGGUGCUUCAAACCACCCAAUCAGGAUCCCUUCGCCGCGGGAUCUGUCUCAUUUUUCUUCCAAUUAGCGUGCAACUAGUGUUUUUUUUAUCGUCAUUCCAUUCUCUGUAGGCUGUGGCAGGAUGCUGAGAACCGUAUGUUACUUUCGAACCUCCUCCAUAAGAGUUAUGGCCAGGUCCGUCUUUUGCCAAUAAUCAGAUUAUUUAUCCGUGUCUUUCAAGCCUUAUUUACCAUUUUUUGUUUUUUUUCCUGCGGAUAUGUAGCGUCCGAAGGUCCUCUCGCUGGAUGAAAAGUUGCUUGGAUGCAAGUAGGUCUUUUGUGGUCGUUUACUUUUUAAUUUUGACUGUUGUUGUCGAUCUCUUCUAAGGAAAUUAAUACUGAGAAUUUUCGGGUGAUUGGAUUUGGUAUAUGGAGGUUAUGCUAAUUUUGGAGUUGAUUGCCAUAUUUUAUCUGAAGUUAAUUACCUAAAUCAACUGUUAUUUUGAUCGUAGAGGAUUGGGGAAGAGAAUUGUGGAUGCAGAGAUGGAUCUGACGCUUGCCAAGAGCCAAGGUUACCUGUGGCCGAAGCCAUCUUCAUCUGAGAAGAAGUUUCUUGCUGUUGUUGGGGUGUACACUGGAUUUGGCAGCCGGCUGACUCGGAAGGUUUUCAGGGGAUCUUGGAUGCCCAGAGGUCAUUACUUUCAUUUUGCUUCUCUGUUUAUGUCUUAUGUAAAUUAUUUUUGAAUUAGAUAGAUAACACUCUUUUUGUUCACGUUAGGAAAAAAUUUAAGAACUAUUUAUUAAAUAUGGUCAAUCUAAUUCCGCACUAGUCCAGCAGUUAUUGUUAUCACUGCUUUUAAUACCAGUGUUUUGACAGUCUUUCUGGCUAAUGAAGGCCAGAUUUGACCAUCAGAUUCAUUCCAUUUUUCUGGUUAUAUUAACAUUUCUUGGUCCCAUAACCUAUAUCACCUUUUUGAACUCCUUUCUCUUGCAGAAAAAUAGAUUUAUUCUGUUGCGUGAUCUCUAUUUCUGUUUCAUUCGGUAGUUAUAUUUUAGUGGGUGAUGUUUGAGAUGAUACAUAUUUUUCUUGUUGUUGAGGUUGUUAUUGGAAAUAAUGGGAUCAUUUAGCAUGCUUAUUAUUACCAUCUCGUGACCUUCUCUUAUGAUGAUAUUGUGGUAGCAUUGGGAACUGGGUCAGCAAUUUUGGUUAAAAAUAAUAUCUAUGAUAGAUAAUACAGGCCUAAACUUAUAUUCAAAAUCUCCAGACUGCAGAGUUACAUGACAGUUAGAUUCUAAUUAGGCUUAUGAUUGCUUAGAGAUAUAGUCAGUUGUUUUUCCUCUCAUUUGUCUCAGAUGGUAGUAUAGCUUUGUACAUUUUCUUAACUCAAUUCUCAUUUCAUGUUGUCUUAGACAAGCAACUUAGCACUCCAGCCUAUGUAUAUGCAGAUUACUUGUUUUCCUGGUUAUUUAUAACUGAUUAACUUCGUUAGAGUUUGGGUUUCCGUGGAAAUUCCCUCAUCAAGAAACUCUUCUUCUCACCAUAAAUCGUUAUUAUUUGUAUUGGGAUCAGCAGAUCAGCCUGUACUCCAUUGUAUUUGAUCAAAGACAAAGUCUCAGAUAAAGACAAACUCUGGGUGUCUUUUCAACAUGUGAAUAACAUAAUCCUUCUAAUGUAACAGAAUGCCAUUUUUUAUUACAGGGAUCAGUUGUGAAUGUAUUUAUUUUACUAACAGUUAGUGCCCAACAUUGCCUUCAGGGGAUGCUUUAAGGAAGCUGGAAGAAAAAGGUGUCAUCAUUCGUUUUGUAAUUGGUCGGAGGUUGUUUUUCCAACGACUGAAGGCUCUUAAAUUUGUUUUCUCUUCUAGGAAAUCUAAUUGAUAUUGGUGGUCUGGAGUUUUUCCUCUGAAAAUUGUCAGAGUUCUCACAUGACAAUUUAAUUGGCAGUCCUAAUCGAGGUGAUAGCUUAGAUCGAGCAAUAGAUGAAGAGAAUCGUCAGACAAAUGAUUUUUUGAUACUUGUAAGUAAUAUUUUUUAUUUUCUUUUUCUCCUUUGUGCCAGAAGAAGAGUGUUUUGCCAUGCCAUUUUCAUCCUUGCUACCUUGUUUUUCCUAAUAUUUACAGCUUUCGUGUCCUUAGUGUGUUUUCCUGUAGUUAUAGGUUUUCCCGAUUUUAUUUCGUUAGUUAUUUUGCUUGUAGGGAAGUCACGAGGAGGCAGCAGAUGAGUUGUCAAAGAAAGCGAAAUUCUUUUUUAGUUCAGCAGUUGAGACGUGGGAUGCAGAAUUCUAUGUUAAGGUUGAUGAUAAUAUUAGCAUUGAUGUGGGUAAGUAGUUAUCCUUCUCAGUCAUUGCUCGGUGAUAUUGGUAUGUUUUAAUUUAUCUCCAUUGCUGAAUUGCGUACUAUUCAAUUAAAUUUGAAAGUCUUGUUCUGUGGUUAUUAGACGGAUUGAUUGAGAUUCUUCAGAGCCAUCGUGAUAAAAAUAGUACAUAUCUGGGAUGCAUGAAGUCUGGAUCCGUGAUAAAUGAACUGUAAGUUUGCAGUUCUUUAAUUUCCCCAUAGUCCUUCCUCUUUGUAUUCUCCUGUGUUAUUUUCAUUAUGCGGGUAUUUUUUCAUGUGAACAAUCAGAUUUCCAUUGAUGCCUGCUCUGAGAUAUUGAGGCUGACGUCAUAUCAAAAUUUUGUUGCCUUGGUUUUGUUCAGAUUGAAUCUCCAAAUAUUCCUUAGCUUCGAAUUUGUUCGUGUUGUGGGUCUCCAUGGCCACCACAAACACUUUGAAUUAUAUAUUUACUAUAACUAUUGUAUUUUAGAAUGAUUACCAUUCAGAUAUGUUAACCAAUGCUCGGCGUUUUUGCUAAAAUAUGGAGGUAUAAAUUAGGGAGAGGUUGAGACUCUUCCAUUUAUGGUCACUUAAUUUUGGUCUUUGCAGGGGAAAACAAUGGUACGAACCUGAUUGGUGGAAAUUUGGAGACGAAAAGAUGUAAGUUUCUUCAGAUGGUUGUAAUGACUUUUUGCUCAAUUGAAGUAUUUUUCUUUUAUUACUCAUCAUCGUGUCACACCGUGCCUCUCCCCUCGUUCUGGCUUCUUGAUAUUUAGAACAGCAUAAAUCCUCGAGAUGAAACUUUUGAAGCUUGGUUGUGUACUUCUGGGAAAUGGUUGCAAUGAAGCCUCCCUUUAAAAUGAAGAGUAUCAUGGCCUUAAUUACGCUAUUCUCUGGUUUUUUGGCCAGGUUUUGAUCUUCUAACUACUGCAUGCCAUUCAUCUUCUCAAUAAGCCCAUGCACAUUUUUCUUCAUGACCUUUUCUACCAUUGUGUAUCAGCACACAUAAGUCUGUCUCUGUCAACAAUUAUACAAAAAGCAGAAGAGAAACCUGAUUUCUGUUCAAGAUUUAUGGGUUAGUUUCUGAUCCCGUGUAAAGCAUAGGUACAAGAGGAUCGAGUUUUGUUAGCUUGUUUUGAUGACUAGUGUCAUGAGCUGGAAUGCAGACUUAGAUAGUCAACUCCAACGGAGUAAAAACUUUAUUAUGAACCAUUGCUGUCCUAGCCCUAUGUUCUAAUCUGAAUUGGGAGCUCCAAUUUCCUGUAGUGAAGAUCUUGGCAGCCUAAGAAGUGGCUUGUAGGUUAUGGGAGCAGUUGAUAUGCGUGGAUCUGGGUUAAGCUCUUAUGGUCCGCUGGUGUGUAUUAGUGGUCCCAUGGGCCUUGAUGAGUUAUCUGGUAUGUGUAUAACCAGAACACUGUGGCUAACAUUGGUCUAUAAUCAUAAACUAGCACAGAGUUGCCUGCCUGGAACAUGGAUGGCUCUGGUGAAUAUAGGCACUUUUUGGCUUUUCUGCAAAAUCACAUAAUUCCUGUCAGAGAUGAUAAAAAUUUAAAAUGAUCUGUCUUUGUUGAACACGCUGCUGACGUUCUUUCGUUUAAUCUCAUAUUCUUGCUAUCAAUUUCGAAAUUUUUAUUCUUUUAUUGAACAAGCAGAUUUUAUUCCUUUACAUGAAAUGUACAUGAGAAAGUAUUCAUUUUUAGUUCUAUUCCCCAGAUAUUAAGCAGCUUCUUUUGUUGACCCUCACCCUCAGUUCAGUGGUUAAAUUGUACUUCUCUUUGAAUUAUCAGGUUUAUUCUCAUUAAUUAUCUAACCAGAUUAGUCCUUAUCAAGAUGUCUAACCAGAUUAUCUGUUUGGUUUUACCUUCUUUUUAAUCUUCAGGUACUUUCGGCAUGCCGCCAGCUCAUUAAUUAUAGUAUCCAAAAACUUGGCUUCGUACAUUAAUGUUAACAGGUUCUCAUCUCUCUUUAUUUUUUCUCCCCCUAUUAGUGUGGCUUUUAAUAAACCAACGCAUAAUAUUUGCAUUUCUACUUCAAUUUUGAUAAUUACCUGCCAGCUGACCAUGCACCAUGAUUAAAGCCCUGAUUCAGUUUUAUCUCUCAAAUACCUACGUUUUGUGACCCUUCUUGAAGUUAGUUUGGCAUCCGGCUCAAGACUAAUUCACAGUGAGCAAAAAAUUAAUGUGGCCAGUCCUUGUAAGCAUAAGUUUCCCUUCAUAAUAAGUAAUAUGUAGUUAUUUUCAACACAUUCCCUCGCAUAUAGACAAUACCAAUGGGGUUAGUGUAGCUCACUGGCGAUCAUCCACUCCAAUACCAUGCUAAUGUUACGCGAUCUCUACAAUCGAAUGCUUACUUUUGCAAUCAAGAUCUCUCAAGUGUGUUUCUUAUUGAAACACUGUGCAGUGCAUCUCUCAAGAGCUUUGCACAUGACGAUGUAUCAGUGGGUUCAUGGAUGAUAGGCCUUGAAGUGACCCAUGUCGAUGAUAAUCGCCUGUGUUGUGCCGGUACUAGACAAGGUAACCCAUCCAUCACCACCCUUAAAUUUUUUGGCUUCUCUCUCUAGCUGAGACUCAUGGCCCAACAUUUAACACCGGAGUAUUCUGUCUCCAGAGAGGGUGUGUUCUUUGGCUUGA